CCCGAUCGCAGCCGCCGGCCUCGAUCUCCUCGUCCCGCUCGAGCUCGUCAUCCCCGGCUCCUGCUCGAGCUCAUCCCGCUCGAAGCUCCCGAUCCAGCGCGUCCUCCACGCGCCGUCCGAUUCGCCCUUCACUGCUCCCGCUCGAGCUCGUCCCGCUUGAAGCUCCCGGUCCAGCGCGUCCUCCACGCGUGCCGGAUUCGUCCGUCUUUGCUCCCGGUCGUACCUCCAGGUCGCGCCACACCGCCCCCGUCUCCCGCAUCGCCGACUGGAUUCGCCUAUCUGCUCCCGGUGGAGUAUGUACUCUCCAGGUCGCGCCACACCGCCCCCUUCUCCCGCAUCGCCGACUGGGCAUCCCGCUGGAUCUCGCGCCGGCCCUUCUGGUCCAGCCGCUGGAUCCCGCUGGCCCUUGAUCUACUGCUGAAUCCCGUCGGUUCCAAAAAAAAGAGAAAAAAAUGGUCUACACCAGCACGUAACGUUGCAGUGCCUUGCUUCUUGUGAUUCCUGACGGCUGUGCUGGUAGUUCUUCUGUUGCUCCUGCAAGCUCUACAUAUGGUGAUUGUCGCUCUACACCGACUCCUCUUGCGACUUUCAUCGAUGCAUGUCGCUCUUCCCCGACACCUCUCGCGACUUUCACCGGUUGUCCUGGUGCCUAUGACUCCAUGGACUGCUCUUCGUCCACGCGUCUUCCCUUGGCGCUUGGUGCUUGUCUGCACACGGCCUCGUCUUCUCCACCGGUCUUUGCCGACGAUACUGGACAUGCUACACCGCCAUAUUUAGCGGCUUCCACAGGUGGUGGUGGUUGCUUCUCUCCUCGUACAAUUACGCCGCCUACUUCAGCUGUGUACUUCACCGAGGACGAGAUUGCGCGACUUCGCGCCCUGCUGCUUGCCUUCGACUCUCCGUUGUCGGGUGUGUCUACAUUGACAUCUUCAGUUGCGCCCCUGACUGAGCAGGAGAUUGGACGAUUUCAAUGUCUGCUAGCUCCAUCUGUUGCUUCUUCAUCGACAGGUUCUGUUGGUUCUGCUACGGACCCUUCUGGCAUUGUGAGACCACCUUCUACACACGCAGGUUCUGUUGGUUCUGCUACGGACUCUUCUGGCAUUGUGAGACCACCUUCUACACAGGUAGGUACAUCUCCGUGGGUUCUUGACACUGGAGCAUCUUUUCAUAUGACUCCUGAUUCAUCCACUCUGUCAUCUACUCGACCUCUUGAUUCUCCUGUUCAUGUUCUUACUGCAGCAGGUACUUCUCUCCCGGUUACUGGUCGAGGCACUCUUAGCACUUCAUCUUUUCAUGUUCCCGAUGUUGCUCAUGUUCCUCGGCUUACCAUGUAGCUCCUUUCUGGUGGCCGGAUUGUUGACUCUGAUUGUCGGGUCAUCCUUGACUUUGACUCUCAUGUUCAGUUCUGGACCGUCACACUGGUGCUCUUCUUGGUGCUGGCCCCCGGCGCCGUGACUCUCAGGGUCUCUGGGAGCUUGACUGGCUUCACCUUCCAUCCCACCGCUGCCAGUCUCUCCUCCUCUGUUGCCUUGUCUACCAGCUCUUUUCAAGAGUGGCAUCAUCGUCUGGGUCAUUUAUGUGGCUCCCGUCUCUCAUCCUUAGUUCGACGUGGUCUUCUUGGAUCCGUCUCCGGUGGUGUGUCUUUAGACUGUCAAGGCUGCCGGCUUGGUAAACAGGUUCAGUUACCUUAUCCUCAUAGCGAGACUGUGUCUCAGUGUCCUUUUGACCUUGUCCACUCGGAUGCUUGGGGUCGAGCUCCCUUUUCCUCGAAGGGAGGCCAUCGCUACUAUAUUAUCUUUAUAGAUGAUUUCUCUCGAUACACGUGGAUCUAUUUUAUGUCUUCUCGUAGUGAGGUAUUAUCUAUCUAUAAGCGUUUUGCUGCCAUGGUUCACACUCAGUUCUCUACGCCUAUCCGUGUGUUUCGUGCUGACUUUGCUAGAGAGAAUAUUUCCAAGAUGUUGCGUGGAUUUCUCGCUGAGCAGGGUACACUUGCUCAGUUCUCUUGUCCUGGUGCUCAUGCUCAGAAUGGUGUAGCUGAGCGCAAGCAUCGUCACCUUCUUGAGACGGCUCGUGCGAUGAUGAUUGUUGCCUCUCUUCCGCCUCAUUUCUGGGCUGAGGCCGUCUCCACCUUCACCUAUCUCAUCAAUCUACAACCUUCUACUGCUCUACAGGGUGGUGUUCCUUUUUGAGCGUCUUUUUGACCGUUCUCCUGAUUAUUCGGUGCAUCGCCUGUUUGGUUGUGUUUGCUAUGUUCUUCUUGCCCCUCGUGAACGCACCAAACUGGCCGCUUAGUCUGUU